CGCGCUUAGCAACCAAUCGUAUUGCAGUAUUUUCUAGCACACGAAGCAUGCAAGUAAAAUGAAUACUACACACCUACAGUGAAUUAUCAUUUAAAUUGUGGUGUUUGUCACACUUUGGAAUGGAUACAUUACUUUCAAUAAACGAAUUAUAGGACACAGUUGACAAAGCUAAGAAGAGAGAAUGGCUGAUGAGUUUGAAUCCAAUGGUUGGGCAGCAAUCCAUAAUGCUGCCCACAGAGGUUUUCUCAAGUCAAUAGAUUUCUUCCUGAGUGAGGACCAAGAGUUCAUAGAGUUAGAGACUAGAGAUGAACUUCACAUGACCCCAUUUUUAUGUUCCAUUGACGGUAACAAAGUUGAUGCUGUUGAGCAUCUGAUGAAAGCAGGAGCUAAGGUUGAUACCAUCAAUGCUCAUAAUCAUGGAGCUGUCGAACUAUGUGCACUCAAACAGUACAUAGAAAUGCUAGAAUUCCUGAUCAAACUGGACCAUCCUCAGAUACCAGUUUGGAAAAAUAUCAUAAGAUUUUUGAGCUCUGAAAGUGAGGAAGAAGCAGAGUCUGCUGGAAAAUGCCUGGAAAUUUUAACCCUUGGUAGCAAAGCUGAUGGUAUUAAUCCAAAAUGGGAGCCAUUUUAUAACCAUGGUGGUGUAACUACUAUUGUCAAGGUUGCCAAAAGCUCCAUUAGUGAUGAAGCAAAGAUACCAGCUUUCAGAACAUUGCUGAAUAUCAUAGAAAGGAAUGAAGUCAAAGAACAGAUAGCCAGUUCUGGUGGAAUUCCAGUAUUUAUUAAAUUACUUAAGUCAAACAACCAUUUUGUUGUGCAGCUUGCAGCAGAAAUUCUCAGAGAAUUAGCCCCUAUUCCCGCCUAUGCUGAACCCAUUACACAGAACAAUGGAAUACCAAGUCUUGUGAAAGUUUUACAAACAAUUCACAACCCUGAAGUGUUGAUUCCAGUUACGGAUUGUCUUGGAAAUUUAGCAGAAGCUGAUAGCAAAUAUCAAUCACAGAUCGGUAAUGCCCAAGGUUGUAUGCAGCAGAUCGUUACUCUUUUGGAAGAAAAUCGAGAAAGAGAAUUAUUACAUGCUCUAGCAAGAGCAGUUGGAAAAAUUGCAAAUGAUGACCAAAACAAUCAAAAUAUGUUUGUUAGUCUUGGAGUGACAGUUCAUAUUGUUACUCUUACACGACUUAAAAAUAAAGACGUUCAAACAACUGCCGUGGAAGCUAUUCAUAAAUUAGCAAAUAACAACCCAGAUACUCAAAAAAUCAUUGUUUCUGAAAAAAUACCAGAACUUUUGUUAAAACUUUUAAAAGACAGUAGAGCAGAGCAGGUUCAGGAAAAAACUGCUCUUGCUUUGUGGGCAUUGGCCGGAACAGAGUUUGACGUAAAGCGGUAUAUUGCUGAAAAAAUUGGAGUUAAUUUAUUAGUGCAGUUUUGCAAUACACUGUCAGACAAUUUACAUUACAUGGGUUCAGAAUGUCUUGGAAUAUUAGCUCAGGGACCAUUAAAUUUCCAAUCUGAAAUAUCUGCUUCAAACGGCAUUACUCCAUUACGGAAGCAUUUAGGAUCUGACAAGGAGUACAUAGUGUUGAGUGUUAUCAGGACCAUAAGAUACUUGUGUUUAGGAGUAGGAUAUGUGACACACAAGAAAAAUCAAAACAUGAUAUUACAGCUGACCGGAAUCAAAUCUUUAGUAGCUUUAAUGAUUCAUUCAAGAUCUGAAGAGAUUCAGAUUGAAUCAGCUUUGACCCUGGCAGCAGUAUCAUUAGGAAAUCAGCCAGUGCUAGAUGAAAUAAAAAAGUACCCCGAGUUUAGUUAUGUCAGGAUCCUCAAGUUGAUGUACUCCUCUGAACCAAUGGUACGACUGUUAGCAGGGCUAGCUCUUGCCACGUUUGCCUACAAUAACAUUGCUGAACAGAAGGAGAUAGCAGAUCAGGGUGGUGUUAGAUUUAACUGUUUUGCACCAUUUUUACAGUCGAAUGAUGAGAUGUACAGAUGUCUAGCAGCAUUUCAGGUUGUAGUAUUAGCAAGAAUUAUACCAGAUGAAGAACAGGCCCUGUCAUCUGCUGCCGGAAUCAAACUUAUAGUAGAUAUACUUCAAGAUUCCUUGUCCAAUGAGACAAUAUCACUAGCAUGUGAUUGCAUUGCUAGAUUAGCACACACAAGAGCAGGAGUACCAGCUGCCAUUGUUUCUAUAGAUGCUGUAAAUCUCCUCUGUCAACAGCUUCUGUCUCCUGCUGAACAAAUCAGAGGAUGUGCUUCCAUAGCAUUGGGAUAUCUUUCUUUUAACCACUCUGGAGAAAGACAAAUUUUGAAUAGAUGUAGAGCAGAUCCAUAUCUGAUGAGAGUAUUACUGCAUUAUACCAAGAACUGUAAAAUUAGUCCUGAUUUCCUCAAGGGAUGGCAACAUUACAAGAAAGUUGGCCUCCCUCCUGUACAGGAUGGUAGGCCAAAUCUUGUUGGAUUUAUACCACCUGAUGGUCCUGGUAUAUCUAUAGACACAAUUUCUAAUACACCAUCAUCAUCUUCCAAUACAAAUGCUGAUGAAGGUCGAAUAGGGGAUCAGGGGUCAACAUCUAGGACAAUCUCUCGACAUGACACAGGUAGUAGGACUGAUGGAACUCCAAUCCAAGCAGAAACUCCAAUCAACGCCAGCCAGAUUUCCCUAGAUUCAAGCCAAUCACCACAACUUCAAGAAAUUGCUGCUGAAUGAAAUUCACAAUACACAAAAUAUUUAAAGUUGAUAUGAUAGAGAGGACAAUUGUCUUUUAGAUAAAAAAAAAAAAAAGAUGACACAUUUGCUCUAUUGAACAAAAGACAUAGAUAUUCAUUUAAUCUUGUCAAUUUUCAUUCCAUACUGUGUUUAUGUAAUCCUAUUCAGUCUGUAGGCCAGAGGCCUGCUAUUUCACAUCAGGACCUGUUAGAACCCUCCUCUUAUCUGUGGGAUCCUUACACCGAAAAAUAGGUCUUAUCAAAAUUUCAUUUGCCUGAAAAUUUGCCAUGACAGUGUGUUUGUAUGAUGCAUAUAUAUAUUUACAUAAUAUUUGAAAUCUGAAGAAGUAGCAAAAAAAAUAAUUGAUGUAUUUCUGAUUGAUGAAAUGAAAAGGGGAGAUAACCUGAUAAUUUCUCUUUACUUUUGUAGUGGUUUAAUUAGUUAAUGAGUAUUUACUGAAAAAAAUGUGAUAGGAAUUUUAUGCAUGACAUUACAAAUUUUAUAUUUUUUAAAAGUAUUAAUUCAGAAAUUAUUGCAAGGUUUUUAUUGAUGUGAAUAAUGUGACUUGGUGAAUAUUGUAAUAAUAAGAAGUUGCAUGUUGAUAUCUGAUACAUAUAUCUGUAUGCAUAUUUUCCUGAUAUCACAAUAGUGAAUCUUUCAUUUUUUACAUUCUUCAAAAAAUGCGAUGAUAAAAACACACAAUAAUUUCUGAAUUAACAGGAGUAAACUAAGGAAGAUUUAUUUUAUUUUGUGGAGUUUUAAAUUAUCAUAGAUUUCAGUGGUACAUGUUACCCACAAAUUUUAGUAUUCAACAAAACACAAAUUUCCUAUAUUUGCAUACAUUGAAAUUCAAAUUCAAUAUUCCUUCAUUUGAUAAAAUUGGUUGCCAAGGAAAUAAAUGAAAUCCAUGAAAAUUGGUAUCCAACGAAUAUUAAUGAAUCUACAGUAAGCAAUUUUGUUUACUAACCUUAGGACUCCAGUCUUUUCUAAAAUGUUUUAUUUCUGAAUUAAAGAGUGCUUGUUAUCGUUUAUUUUUUUUAUAUUUUCUAACUAUUGUAGCUCAUAUAUUUUAUUCUACUAAAUGCCUCUAAUUAUUUUAUAUAUUCUUGUUAUACAUUUUUUUUUACCUAAAUGGGACUUUUAUAUAUUUUUGUAUUUGUUAAUGUUAUGCAAUAUUUGCAUUUUUUGUAUCAUUUCAUUGUUUAAGCUACUUCCUUCUUCUACCAAGUUUGUAUUCAUCAUUUUUAUUUUGGAUAUAAAAAUGACUUUACAUCAAGCAAAAAAAAGAGUUGAACUUUUUAAGAUACAUGAAAUAACAUAUAAUGGUACUUAUUUUUAUACAAAUUUGUGGUUUUUUUUCCCCAUGAAUUAUUCUAUCAUUCCUAAAGUUUUGCUAAAAGCAAAAUUAAGCAGAAUUACCAAAUUUAUUUACUUACCUCAUCUUUGUGUUAACUUUCCAAAAUGGCAUUCUUGAAUGAAUCACAAUGUUUUUGUGUACGAUUUAGAAAAUAUUUCCCAGAAUGCAUUGGAUUCUGAAACGGCAAAGUUAGUUAUUACAAUAAAAUCAACCUCAAAUCAUGUCGCAUCAAAAUUUAUCCAGGGUUAUAUAAAUGAAAAUGUAAUAAUUUCUGUUUACAAAAAUGACAUCACCCAUGACCUUUCACAUUUUCUAUGCAGUAUAACUUAACUGAGACUGAUUUUAUUUCUGCAAAUCAAAUUUACUAUGAAAGUUUAUUUUGUUUUGAAAUAAAAAGUUUGAAUAAUGGUUCAUAUUAAUAAAUCUGUGAUGUGUUUGAUAAAUCCAAAUUUGCACAUUCGGCUUAGCUACAUGCACACUAUUCUUUGAAACAUUGUGCAGAAUUAAAGGCAUAACAAGAUCAUUACUUUGCCAUUUGAAUUGUAUUCUUUUUUACCAUACUAUCUCUAUAAAAUAAAGUUGAGAAUGGAAAUGGGGAAUGUGUCAAAGAGACAGCAACCCGACCAUAGAAAAAACAACAGCAGAAGGUCACCAACAGGUCUUCAAUGUAGGGAGAAAUUCCUGCACCCUAUCUCUAUAACUAUGUCAGGUAUGAAUUAAUGUAUAUGUAUAUCAUUUAUGUUUUAACAUGGAUACUAACCUAAGUCUUUGUAAGACUUCAAACUUAAAAAAAGCAUUUAAUUAUUUUUAUUGUUGAUGAAAUGUGUAAUAAAGAAUCGUUAUAAU